AUGGAUCUGAAGAUGUUCCUAGUCUUCGCUCCAUUUCUGCUUCACGCUAUCCUGGGCUUCCCUAUUCAGGAGAACGAUGGAAACAGCACAACAACAACAGAACCUACUGAGGUUACUACACAAGAGGAUACAUACGAAUCUCCAUCGCCGACAGAGACUGACUCCGAGGACGAAGUUAUUUUUAAUAGAAUUCUGAAAGUUAACAAAGAGGAGAGCCACAUAAAGGGGAUUCAUGAUGCCAUGGCAGAAUUUGAAACACUGACUUGUAUUAAUUUUGUGAAGCGCAAGACAGAACGUGACUACCUCAUCAUUAAAUCUGCCGAUGGCUGCUGGUCAAACUAUGGGAAAGUAGGAGGUGGACAGACUGUCUCUGUGAUGAAAGGAGGCUGCAUGUGGAAAGGAAUAAUUCAACAUGAACUGGACCACGCUUUGGGCUUUUUGCACGAACAUUCUCGAAGUGACAGGGAUAAACAUGUAAAGAUCAUGUGGGAGUACAUCAGCCCAGCUGACAGACCAGACUUCAAGAAAUUUGAAAACUCCAAUAACCUCGGUCUUCCAUAUGACUAUUCCUCAGUAAUGCACUAUGGCCCAUACACAUUCACUAAUACCACUGGGAAAGCAACUAUUGUACCAAUUCCUGAUGGAUCAGUACAUAUUGGACAGAGGCAGGGACUGAGCAAUCUGGAUGUGGCCAAAAUCAACAAACUUUACAACUGCAGUCGCUGCAGCACUAUUCUCGAUGCAGCAUCUGGGUCACUGAGAUCUGCCAACCACCCAAGAAAUUACUCAGAUAACACCAACUGUGUCUGGCUCAUCCGAACCCAAUCUGGAAAGAUUUCCCUGCACUUUCAAGCCUUUGAGCUGCAGAGAACCAGAGGCUGUCAGGGUGAUUAUGUUAAAGUUUAUGAUGGAUCCAGCAAGUCUUCUGCAGUUCUAAUGGACAAGACCUGUGGAUCAAAGAUACCCAGUGACGUAGUUGCUUCUAGUAAUCUUAUGCUCGUAGAGUUUGUCACAGAUGGUGCUGGUUCAGCUGCUGGUUUCCAAGCCACCUUUACUUCUGUGAGGACCGAAAGAAAUCCUAGUAUCCACAACUGACUUAAUGAAGAAGAACCUAUUCUGUGAAUAUUGAAAUUAUGUGUUUCCUACUUUGCUCCUAUUCUGGCUUGGAUCAGUAUGAAAUUUAAUUCUAUUAAGAAUCAAAGUUUUCAUCUUCCUGAGAAAGUUUAUUCCCCAAGCCACAUAAACGUAUGAAUUCUAUACAUCCGGUGUGCUCCUCCUUUUGUCUGCACAGUUAAGUUAUUACCUCUUUCUAUUUAACAACUGAAUAAAGAUCUUAAAAAAAAAA